AGAGCGAUGUGCGUCCACUAGUUUGCAUUGUAUAAAUUCGCGUAGAAAGUUAUAAACCGUCGUGUUUAAACAUAAUGUUCUAUCACCUAAAGUCUGAAAGAUCGUUCAAGUGUUGAUGCUGGGUGUAACAUAAAUAUGUUGACUUCGACGAAACUGUUGACUAGUUGUGGUUAAUUCUUAAUUCUAACCUUACAAUGCGGAGACUCGUCAACUUUGCGAUGCUUCUUUGUUACUUGAGUAGAAGCGUCGUAGCUUUGCAUUGUUACCCAGACUACUGUCAGAACGUGACCAAACUAGUUGCUACACCUGGUUUCCAGUGUCUAUUGACAAAAGUUCAGAGGGAUGGAGAUUGCGCUAAACUCACGUUCGAAGGCUACAGUCGCUAUCAACCUAAUGAUGAAACAACUGAAUUUAGUUUACGUGCAUACACGUAUGAAGUAUCCGAGUACAAAUGGACAGCCUUUAAUUUAAGUGUUUCCAAUGCAAGCUUUCGUGGUCUGGUUACGCGUUAUCAAAGUUUAUUGGAUGAAAAUGAAGCAGCCUGUAGAUAUAUUGAACUUUAUGGAAACGCAACUGUUCCUACUCCAAAGGAACUGUACGUGUCUUGUCCAUUUGCUGAUGAAUCUUACGAAUCUGUUCCAUACCGAUUAGAUUACCUUGUAACAGGAGAAAAGUAUAAGUAUAGCAAGCGAUACGUUUUCAAUGUACCUGUGCACAAAUUUAUCGGAGAAGGUGUAAGUAUAAAGGAAUACAAACCAUUCGUAUACAUAGAUGUAUCUUAUGCUCCUCUCCUCUCGUUACACGUUCAACCACUGCCAGAAGUAUAUAACGUAACAGGUUAUAAAAUUUGGUUAAUAAACAAUGAUACGGAUUUCGUGAAAACAUUCAAUAUGACGAGUAAACAAGAUAUUCGAUACAACUUUACCGCGCAUACCGGUGUGUUUUAUUUUAAAGUUGCUCCUAUGCAUUCAGACUGUGGUGACUAUGGGUGCGUGAAUAGUACGACGCCCUUCAUCAUUAUACAAGAAACAUCUCACCGUCUUUUAAUUAUGAUAAUCAGCACUGUAUGGAUACCGCCAGUGAUAUUGUAUGUGCUUUAUCAUCUUUACAAAUUGUAUAGAAAGGAAGCAUCGAAAAGGAGAGGAAAACCAAAAUGUCUGUUGGUAUACUCACCGACACGACUGUCUCAUAUCAACGUAAUGAUCGAGCUAGCAAAAUAUUUAAGAAUUUGUGACAUUAAUGCCAUGAUAGACAUGCUCGACGUUACGGAUACCACGGGCAAAGAUCCAGAAUGUUGGUGCGAUGCUGCGUUCCGAAACGCUGACAUUGUCCUUAUUGCAACUUCUCCGCCGCCUAAGAAGCCUGCGGUAUCGACUAUAUAUCGAAACACCGGUAAUUACCUUUUACGAUUGGUUAGAGAGAAUCAGACGCAGAAAGAAAAACGCUGUUAUAUUGUGCAAUUACCGUACUGUAAAUCGGACGAUAUACCCGAAGAAACGAGGCAUUUGAAGAGACUUUGUUUGCCAAAAGAAUUACCUAAGCUCGUAAAAAUGAUUCAUAAAAUGGAACGUGUAAGAUGUGUUUCUACGGUAUCCGACAGGGAGUUUUUGGACAGCGUGAAAUUGGCGAAACUCGAGAUAUUAGAAGAAGAUGCAAAUAUCGCGAAAGACGAACGAGAAACUGAAAACCUUUUACCUUUGGAAAACUCGGAAAUAUCAAAUAAUCAGACUUUUACUUCGACUAUACUGGAUGAUAACGCCGUCCAUUCUCAAUCGUUCACAACGAAUAUCGAUGAAUUAAACUUACUCGGAGAGAGUGAAGAGAACGGAGAAAAUGGAAAAAACGAAGAGUGCGAAGAAGAACGUACUCGUAAAUCUUCGAAAAACGACACUUGCGCAUUUCGUAUCGAUGAAUUGAAUUUGUGAUUUCAUUUCAUUACCGUUUGAUGCCAUGAACACCAUGAACAAUUUUGACUCUUGCGUAAG